GGCAAAAUGUCUGUAUUUUAUUCAUGGAGUUUUUAACACACAAUUGAAGAGAUGUUUUUUGAAUGAGUCAUUGUACAUUACUGUAGACAAAAAGCACUGUAGAAUUCUCUAUUCAUUUAAAUUCAGUUGGAAGUAUAUGAAUUAUGCAUGGUUCACAUGGUAAUAUGAUAUUAAACAUUUUCGAGGACUUGUAGUUGGCUAGAGAGUUGAGUUGAGAACUGGAGAUGGAUAGCACGCUACAGUAACACGGUCAACAAGUAUAAACACACACACACGCUUGCAGACAUUUUUAUUUGAUCAAUAUUCAAGGAAUAUUGUCGAAGAUAAUAAGCACAGUAAAAUGAAGGAACAGGCUGCCAUUAUUUGCAUAUAAAUAGAAAUUCUUCAUCCAUAAAGCUGGCAGGAAGACCGUGUCAGAUAAUGAGAUGCAAAUGAUAUGCCUGGGGUCUUCAUUUUAAUGUCAAAUGAAGUGAGGGUCAUGCAUACUAAUGAUAUGAUUUGCAAAUGAGCUGGUGUAUAAUGGAUACUGACUUGUGAUUUACAUACAACAGUUUAUAAUGUUAUUACCAGUUGUACAACCUUAUGUUGGAGUUCUGUGUCAGACUGCAGAAGGUCAGUCAGCUAUGAACCAAACAACGGCUUCUGUUGCCCAGGCAUUACAACAAUUGUUACCACAACAACUACCUAUUGCCAUGUCAACACCCGGAUUCAUUAUACAAAAUCAGUUUGGACAACAAACAGUGUUACCAGUAACGGCAGCACUUCCUGCUGGUUUUCAGCUAACCCCACAAGAUCUACAAAACCUUCAACAACAAUUAUUACUACAACAACAACAGCUACAAGUUCAACAGCUUCAAGCUAAUUUACAACAAGUUGUUUCCGCUGCACAAACAGCUACAUCACAGGCUGCUGCUGCUGCCUCAGUUACAUCCCCUACAUCUUCUAUAUCACAACCUUCCACACCAUUAAAAAGCAACCCAAUGAUUGGUCAAUUACAAAUCCAACAGUCGCCACCCGGACAGCUGACACCAGGUCAAUUACAAAAUGUGACCAUUCCAAACACAUCUUUACCAGGUAUUCAACAGAUUGUCUUUGUUAGUCCUUCACAGUUACAAACAGUUCAACCACAGCUACUGGUACAAAAUCAGCAUGCUUUACCAGUACUACAAGGAAUGGCUACAGCUUUAGCAGUAAGUACAGGACCAUCUACUGCCCCUACACCUACAUUAAUAUCAACAUCUACUACACCACACAGUAGUGCUUCAGUUACUUCCCCUUCUAUAGUAACAACAGCUAAUACCACAGUUCAACAUAUCAUUCCACCAUUAGAAGAGAAUAUUGAUUUAGAGGAGUUGGAAUUAUUUGCUAAAACAUUUAAAAGAAGAAGAAUAGAACUAGGUUUUACACAAGGUGAUGUUGGUCUGGCUAUGGGUAAAUUAUAUGGAAACGACUUCAGUCAAACCACCAUAUCAAGAUUUGAAGCUCUAAAUCUCAGUUUUAAAAACAUGUGUAAACUCAAACCGUUAUUACAUAAAUGGCUGGAAGAUGCAGACGCACUGGCUUCAAAUCCGACUGUGAUUACUGGUGGAUCGGGUUUAUCAGCAGACGCGAUUGCGCGCAGACGUAAAAAACGAACAAGUAUAGACACCACAAUACGUGUUGCACUUGAAAAGGGUUUUCUCAUAAAUCCAAAACCAUCUUCAGAAGAAAUCACCCAGUUAGCAGACAAUUUAAAUAUGGAAAAAGAAGUAGUGCGCGUGUGGUUCUGCAAUCGAAGGCAGAAAGAGAAACGUAUUAAUCCGCCAUCACCAUUUAUUAUGCCUCAAGUAACUGUUUCUAACACAUCAACGGCAACAAAUCAACCACAAUUUGCAAACACUUCUGUUAAUAUGUCACAUCCAUCAAACGUUUUACUCUCUACUAUCCAUGGUACAACUACUUCCGUUAAUUCACCCAGCAUGGCUUCUGCGUCGGCCAUUAUUAACGCAGCAGUAAAUCCUAAUUCUUCUUCUAAUCCAUCGUUGUCAUUAUCUCAGGAACGUGACGAACAAGAAAUGGAGGGUAGUUAGAGACAGUGAAACAUUUCGUUUAAGAAAUUUUAACAGAUUUUCAUAUUAAAAGUGCUAAUUCAUUGAAGGUAGAAAUUUGAGAAACUGAAUACUUCAUCUUAUAAAGUGACAUAGCAGUUAGCACUACAAUAACUGGAACUGUCUGAAAUACUCCAGUGAUGCAUAGCAGUUAGCACUACAAUAACUGGAACUGUCUGAAAUACUCCAGUGAUGGUUAACUGAAUACAAAGUUUCAAUAGGACUUUAAAUUACAAUAGGAAAAGUUUAUGCAAUAGUUAGGGUCAUAUGCAAUGCUUAAAGUUGUAAUUUAUUGUUAAAUCUAUGAGUAUUACUAAUUAUCUAAUAUUGAUACAUACAUUAGAACUAAGUACAUUGAUUAAGGUUUUUAUUUCAAGUUAAGUGAUUUAUGGAUAUCUUAUAAAAACUUGUGGUAUCUGUAAGCCAUAUUUGGGUGGGGUUUUUUUUCAAGUUUGUUGAGGACACUAGUGAUUUAUGGAUAUCUUAUAGAAACUUGUGGUAUCUGUAGAUUAUAUUAGUUUCUUGGUUUAUAGUAUUAUAAAUUAAAUAUCAUGUUUAGAAUCUUAUAAAACAAGAAUGUAGAGUUUUAGUGAUGGUAAGAGCAAUGGAUCAUGUAGAAAUUGAUUGUACAUAGAUUUGAUACUAGUAGUACCUAUAUACAAUAAAUAAUGUGAUACCAUAAUGUCAAUUAGUGCUAUCAAAUACAAAUUAUGAUAUUAAAUUGUAUAUUAAAUAAAGUCUAGAUUUUAUACAUUGUAUAUAUAUAAAGAGAGAUUUGUAUAAAAAAAGAUAGAAUUAUUAAGUCUAUAUUAGUCUUAUUUACCUUGUCAUAAAGUCAGUAUAAAAGCAAUAUUAUUAUUAAGCUGUAAAUUGUCAUGGAAACAGAAGCUUAUUAGGUUACCAGUACCAACUACUGUACUCUCCAGUCCUCAUUAGGGUUAUUAAAAAUAACAGUUUGAAGGAUGUAAGUCUUUGAAAUUAGAAACCCGAAUUACUGAUCCAUUUCAAUUAAUAGUCAUGUUGUCUUACUGUGAAAACAUGGGUUCCUAAUAUCCAAUAAUAUCCUCUUCAGUUCACCCCUGGAACCAAUCAAUAAUAGUAAAAUGUAUUAAGUUUUAGGCCAACAGCGGUAUAGAUAUUUGUUUAAAUGAUAUUAAUAUAAUUCAAUGAUAUUAUUUUGAAUUUUCAAACAAAAUACCAGUAUAAAGUUUACAUAUAUACAAAAUAGUUGGCAUAUCAAAGAUAAUGUAAAUUGAUAAUACAAUCGGAAAUAGUUAUGUUAAUUGUUUGUUAUGCAUUCAUCUUGGUGUAUUGCAUAUUAAAUAUUGCAGUCGUUCGAUUUCUUGUCCUGGCUGUUGUAUGCCGUAUGAAAAUGAUUAGCUUUAAUUUACCCUAUAGUUUUUGUCAAGACUGACAUGUAUCCAGCUAUCAAAUUAAUAUGGAAAAUAAUUAAGAUGUCUUUCUUUCUGUUCUUAGGCUAUCUUCCAUACUAAAGCAAUAUGUCAUUAGAUUUCCCUGUAUUUUGUAUUCUUCCAUUUCAUCUUCAAUCAUUCAUUCUUCAUUUUGUUUUACCUCGUUUUGUUCAAGAAUAUGAACUGUAUGUGUUCAUAGUUAAUACUGUAUUUUUAUUGAGUUCAACUAUAAUUUCUGUAUAUGGAGAAUUUUUUGAUACAUAAAUAGAAUACAGUAGUUUGCUAUAAAGAAGAUAUAUUUUACACUAAAUGAAGUUGACUUUUAUUUUAUAUAUUAACAUGGUUAUAUAUUGUAAUCUGUGUCAACUAUAGAGGGAGUUUGACAUAACAUUCACAAAUCUGUUGAACUAAUGAUGGUUAAAAAGACUAGUGAGAGAGAGAAAUGGGGUUUAACGUCCACUCCACACAAACUAGGUCAUUUCGGGACUAACAUAUGGUUCAAUUUUAUUUCAAUACUUCGCUUGCGCGUAGGGGUCUUUAGCAGUGAGAGGAAACUGGAGGACUCGGAGAAAACCCACAAGGUUGGACAGGUGACCUUACUCCUUGAAAUAAAAAGAAUAGUGUUGAGUCUGUAAUUAAAUGAAAUAGGUUUUAACGUCAGACUGGGCUAAAGGAGACAGGGGCCUUGAUGUGGGCGUAUAAAAAUGGUUCACACCACUUAAAUGUUCUGCCUAGAGCUAUAGAAAUCUAGAUAUCAGUCAGGUAUAUUCUGUUGGUGUAUAUAAGGCAUAAUACCAUACUACUGAUCUAUACAUGUAUAAAAAAACAAACUAAAUUAGUAAAAUAAAUUAUCAGUGCCAAUAAUUGAAUAAUAAACUUAUGUAUUAUUCAGUUCUUGGCUCGGAUACAUAAAAUAUUCAUUCUAUUGAUCUGAUCUGAAUAGGGGCUGCUGGCUGACAGUCAAGACCGUACAAAUAUCUUCCUGUUCCCAACAUUAUUGAUCAGGAAAAAAAAGAUCAUUAUUAAAUAUUAUAAAAUCUUUAUUAACAAUUUAGCUUGUUGAAAUGUCCAAAGGUUGUUUAUAAUAUAUAAUUAAAUACAAUACAUGAUAAUUCACAAAUAGGUAAUUAAAUUCAAAUCAAUACUUUGAAAGGCAGGUAAAUAUAAUGUAGAUAUACUGGCAUUUUCUAUCAGAUUUCUUUGCCAAUAAAAAAAAAACAAGGUUUAGUUUUACAAUAUACUGUACAUGUAUCGCAUACAUUUAAUAUAUUAAACAAUGUUAGUAUCAAUA